AUGGCGUUAGAAAAAAGCAAACCACCCGCCCGCAACAAUCUAAAUGCGGAAGAGGUAUAUUCAGGAGCAGGCUUCCAUCCCUUCUUGAUUGAAAUGCAGGACAAAACCAUCCAGCAUCUCUGGAACGCCCGCAGAGCACUAAUGGGUGACACGCCUGAUACUCUUGGGGAUCCUGACCUGGAAGACGCGGAUAUCGACGCCAGGGUCGAAAAGGCCCAACACCGACAAAGAGAACAGCGCAAAACACAAAUGCACAAAGCAACUCUCCUCAUCAAAAAUCUGGACCAACUUGAAGAUAUCAGUCAGAAACUUCGUCAGCAAAACUCCUCUUUGAAAGUGGUAGCCAGUGUGUGGAAGAGGCAGCUCCUCAAUGCCGGCCUCCAACCCAAAAGCAUAGUACACCGCCCUCUAGAACCUGUGGACCCUUCCGCAAAUGCAACAGACAAUCCAGUUUCUGCCUCCCAUGAUACUCCUUCGUCGACUGCACCAGAACCAGAAGUGGUGGGACAGGGGUAUACCCUGUCAACGAACAGUAUUCCUGUUGAUAUUCAGGAUUCGUCCGCUGCCGAAGAUGAUGACGCGGAUACUGUCUUGUCAACAACAAACUUGGAGUCAAGUACUAGAGGUCUUUUUCCAAGCACUCAGACGCAAAUCAUCUGUUUCCCAGUUCCAGUCGCAAACUGGACCGGGUCUAGUCCAGCAUUCGAGUACGCAUUUAGCGAUAAUAUCCUGAUAACGCCCAAUGCUCUGUACAAUCCCGGUAUUCGAAACCACCCUGCGGCGCCUAGAUCCAAAACUGUGAACGCGCGCUCAGGAAACAGGAAGAUCGCAAUCUCAAUAUCGGCGGAUCACCCCGCCACCGUGCAGCGCCUGGACCACGACAAAAUCAUCUAUCCAGAGACGCAGCGCUAUUCGAUCGGAUACACCCAGAGUAAUGGCAACGGCCAAUUAGAACUCCCCCUGCCAUUGACGCUUGAGGAAAUGUUUACCGGUGUUACGAAAGAAGCGACCUUCUUCAGAAUCCAGGGCCGUGAGAAAAAUGGUGCUCUGAAGAGACGCCGAGUAACCAUGAAACUCACUAUUGAUCCAGGCGUUCGCGGCGGGAGAACUAUGCGGUAUGAGAAUGGGGGAAACAUCACCACCACGGGGCCUCAGGACGUUUGUUUUACGGUCUACGAGAUCGAGCACCCCAUCUAUCAGCGAGAUCACUCAACCCUCAAGAUGUUCUAUAGAGGGCGUCAUAUCCGGGAAUGUAACUUGAUUACCUUCACCAGCGUUGAUGGCGUGGACGAUGCCUGUUAG